AUGGCCCGCAUAUGCAUAUUCGCCAUUCACAAGCCCGCAUUCAGAAGUCAAUACACAAUUACUGGCCCCAGCCGUGAUACCACAGCCACUUCAGAGCAAAUAGUAGCCAAGCUGCAUACAGUGCUGAGAAACCGCCCCUUUCUCGUCGUACACGAUGGGCCUGACACAAAGUGCCCCGUGGCGGCCGUGUCUCGCCUCCCCUCGUUUUCGACUUACUUUGAAAUUUGCCUCGGCGACAGCGCCGCGAAAGACGUGGUCUGGGAGAAGCUCCAUACGACGCACCCAUGGGGCAGGAAGCACACCUGGGGAACCAUGGUGCCGGGGGAGAAUAGAGGCAGCCCCCGCCGUCUGCAUUUGGUCUGGACGAGGACACGCAAGGUCAUAGUCGACGGCAUGGCACGCCGGCCGCUCAGCACGCGCAACUGGAAGCUCACAGAGGUGCCGCCGUCGGAGGAUGAGGAUGGGCGCCGGAUCGGCAGCGGUACGAGCUGGACGACGCUGGUAGGAACCGAGCCCAUUUUGGCCGUCUUCACCAGCAGCACGGAACUCGGCAAGUGCGGAAACCUGCAAGUCAACGUGGACCACGGCCGGGCCUUUGACCUGAUGCUGCUGACGACAUGCCUGUCGCUCUACUCGGCCGGACUAUGCUGA